AUGUUUCACCUUCCCAAUGGCCGGAUGGGCUUCGGUAUGGGUAUAGGCCCGAGGCACUUUGAGCAGCGCUACAGAGUCUACUCCGUUGCUAUGCUAUCCAUAUAUAGCAACAGUAAGAUCACUGAGAUUGAACACGGAGGCAAGGUUAUAUUACCCCCCUCGGCAUUAAGUACUCUGUCUCAGAUGGAGGUGCAGUGGCCGGUCAUGUUUGAGAUUGAAUUCCCCGAGACAGGAAAG